AUUUAUACGAAGUUUGUUUAUUUAAUCCAGUAUAAUUAAAUUCAUGAAAUCCUAGCCAUAACCUAUACAAUUUGACGUUUGUCAAAAGGAAAACAAACAUAAUGAAAGGCGAAUAUAGGAAGUUAAAUAUGAAAGAGUUGGAAACACAACAGGUGCAGGUUGCAAUCACAAAUGUGAUGAACAUGUUGCAAAGACCAGGCCAACUGGAAAAGGUGGAGUCUUAUAAGCAACAAUAUAUAAGGAAGAAAGCUUCUGCUGAGGCCCUGCUGAAAUCUGCCAUGCAAAGUCAGCUAAAUGGUUUCAGGGAUGGACUUCAGCUAUUAAAGAGUAGUUCACAAGAUAUGAAAGAUGUUGAGAAGAUAUUAAAGCAAAUGAAUCAGCUAUUUACUGCUGUCCCUGACUUACACAAUAAGUUGAGUGAUGUCCGUGAAGAGAAUAUGAGACACUCCCAGUAUGUAACUGCUAGGGAGAACCUAAAAAAUAUCUUCCAAAUCCCAGAGAGUGUAGAGAAGACUAAGCAAUGGAUCAAUGAAGGCAAACUGCUUCAUACACAUCAAUGUUUAAGGGAUUUAGAGAAUUCCAGAGAUGAAUUGCUCUUUGAGCUUCAUAAACUUCCUAAUCAAUCACCUCAUGACACUGUAAUGCUCAAAGCUUACUUCUCAGAAGUUGAAACCCUAUCAAAAUUAUUAGAAAAACAAUUACGUUUAAAUUUGAGUCAAACUUUGAACGCCGUUCGUAAGAAGCCUACAGUAAUCGUGACCGCAUUCAGAAUUAUAAAACGGGAAGAAAAGGCUGAUGAGGAAGCUUUGAAAUAUGCAAAGAACACAGGUUUCAUGGCUCCAGGUAGGCCGAAGAAGUGGAAGGAUAUGUGCUUCGAGGUUCUGGAGAAGGCCGUCGCUACAAGAAUAGAGGGAACGCAAAUUGAAGGAAGGGAGGAUAAUAAGUUAUGGUUGAUUAGGUAUUUGGAACUAAUUCGAUUGCUCAUCCUUGAAGAUUUGAGGGUAGUAAAGACCUUGUGCGUACCAUGCGUUCCCAAAGAAUACAAUAUUAUUGAUAGGUAUAUAGAAAUGUAUAACAAUUGCUUAUCAAAUCAGCUGAAUAUUAUUAUAGAAAAUGGUUUGGAAGGUAAUGAAUAUGUAUCUGUCCUUUCUUGGACAAUGAAUACUUACAAAGGACCUGAACUUAUGGGGCAUCCUGAUUUAAUUGAGCAUACGCAAAAUUUGGGUCCGCUUCUGAAUAUGGAUACAUUGAACAAUUUACAAAAGAAAUAUCUAUUUAAUAUGGAGAACAACUAUAUCGAGUGGCUUCAGAAAACAUUGGAAACCGAAAAGAACGAGUGGAGGUCAAGUAAUCCGCCUAGAUCGGAAAUGGUUCUAAGAACGGCCGGACCUUCUAUAGUGUUCGAAAUGAUCGGGCAGAAUUUAGACGUAACCAAAACUAUUAAUCUAGAAUUAACGAAUGAAGCUUUAUUUUUGAGUAUUAAACAUGUUGAAAACUACGCCAAAAUGUAUCGCGAGGCUAUCUCUGAUUUCAAGAACAAACACUUUGAAGACAGAAGUCAAGUACCGUACUUCACGCAAUACAUGAUUGCUACCGUGAACAACUGCAUUCAAUUGGUGGAAUUGGGUUUGCAAUUUAUAGAUAAAUAUAGUACAGGUCAUUCCAUGGAAUUAGAGAUAAAGAAAAGCAAUUACAAAAAGAUCUAUAUUAAUUUACGAAACCAAUCAUGCUUCUAUUUACUGGAGGAGGCGUUCUUGGAUUUGGAUAAGCACUACGAUGAGCUGUUCACGUCGCGAUGGUUGAACGAGAGUCUCCCAUUAGAAACAAUCAGUGCAACAUUGGAAGAUUACUUCCAGGACUACAACAGAUUGGUGGAUGAGAACUUCGAGUAUAUAAUGAAUGAAGCUCGUAAUCUAGUUACGAAACGAUAUAUUGUCAGCAUGCUUCAAAAGAAGAUUGUUUUCAAAACGUACCAGGAUUGUCUGGCAGCCGCUAAUCAGAUCACAAAAGAGGCGAACAAGCUGAAAUCAUUGUUCUUCUCGAUCGCACCGAAUAUGAAACCCAGUGAUAACCCAUUGGACAUAAUUGGAAUGUUGGCAGAGGUGUUUAAGAGCGAAGACGAUAUGCUUUCGUUGGAUCUUCAUAGGCUUGUCGAAAAGUAUCCUGAUAUCAGUGAGGAUCAUCUCAGCAGGCUCCUGUAUCUGCGAGGAGACAUCCCAAAGUCCGAGCUCAGAGAUAAGGUCAAUUACGUGAUCAAGCAGAAAUCCACAAGCUCGCACCAGAGCAUAUUCUCGAAGAUAGUCUUCCCCAAGUCGCUGAUGCAAGACAUCAAAAGUAACAUUCCCUAAGCCUAACCUUGUAUAAUCCAACUGAUAUGCAAAAUAGAUUAUAUGUUAUUUAUAUAGUUAAUAAAAUAUAUGAUGAUAACGAUAA